AGCUCCUCAACAACUUUUUCUUUUGCUCUCCAAAACCGCCUGCUUGAUGUAGGAACAGAGAGCUUCUGGAGAGGAGAUUGCGAGCAAAAAGAUCAGCCAGAAAAGCUCCCUUUCCCCUUUUCCUCCACUCUUAUCUGAUGCACAGCUUCAAAUAAUCUUUGCUUCAAGAGAGAGAGAGAGAGAGAGAGAGAGAGAGAGUGAAGAGAGAGAAAGUAGUAUGGGUGAUUUAUGGGGGUUGGAGUUUUCUCUCUUGCUCAUAAGCCUGUCCCUGAUUUUCUUCAAUCUCUGUAGAAGAAAACGCAACUCUCUGAAUCUUCCACCAGGAAAAAUGGGCUGGCCGUUUCUUGGCGAAACCAUUGCCUACUUGAAGCCGUAUCCAGCCACCACCAUUGGGAAAUUCAUGGAACAGCACAUUUCCAGGUAUGGAAAAAUCUACAAGUCCCAUUUGUUCGGGGAGCCGACGAUAGUAUCAGCCGAUGCGGGGCUGAACAGAUUCAUUCUGCAGAACGAAGGGCGACUGUUCGAAUGCAGCUACCCGAGAAGCAUCGGCGGGAUUCUUGGGAAAUGGUCGAUGCUAGUUCUGGUGGGAGAAAUGCACAGAGAUAUGAGGAUUAUUUCUCUCAACUUCUUGAGCAACGCCAGGCUUAAAACUCACCUUCUUCGCGAGGUCGAAAAACACACGUUGCUUGUGCUCUCCUCCUGGAUUGAUAAUUCUGUCGUCUGCGCGCAGGAUGAAGCGAAAAAGUUUACAUUCAACUUGAUGGCUGAGCACAUAAUGAGCCUGGAACCUGGAAACCCGGAGACGGAGCAGCUGAAGAAAGAGUACAUUACGUUCAUGAAAGGGGUGGUUUCUGCGCCCCUGAAUUUCCCCGGAACAGCGUACAGGAAAGCUCUACAGUCCCGAUCGACAAUAUUGAAAUUCAUCGAGGAAAAAAUGGAGGAGAGAAUCAGGAGAAGCAGAGAAGACGACGACGAUUUACUGGGAUGGGUGCUGAAGAACUCCAAUCUCUCCAAAGAACAGAUUCUUGACCUGGUUUUGAGCUUGUUGUUUGCCGGGCAUGAAACCUCGUCGGUCGCCAUAGCUCUGGCGAUUUACUUCUUACAGGGCUGUCCCAGUGCAGUUCAGCAAUUAAGAGAAGAACACAUGGAAAUCGCUGGAGGGAAGAAGAGGGAAAGAGAGCUGAGCUGGGAUGAGUACAAGAAAAUGGAGUUCACACAAUGUGUUAUAAGCGAGACUUUAAGGCUAGGGAACGUGGUUAGAUUUCUCCACCGGAAAGCCCUCAAAGAUGUUAGGUACAAAGGGUAUGACAUUCCAUGUGGUUGGAAAGUGUUGCCGGUGAUAGCAGCAGUGCAUUUAGAUGGAACGCUUUUUGACCAGCCUUGGCACUUCAAUCCAUGGAGAUGGCUCCAGAGUAGUAGUCGCGGGGGCUCAAACCCCACCACCAACACCCACUUCAUGCCAUUCGGCGGUGGACCACGCCUCUGCGCCGGCUCCGAGCUCGCCAAGCUCGAAAUGGCCGUAUUCAUCCACCACCUAGUCCUCAACUUCAAUUGGUCCCUCGCCGCCUCCGACCAGGCCUACGCCUUCCCCUUCGUCGACUUCCCCAAAGGCCUCCCCGUUGCGGUCAACCGCCUCCAGAAAAUCGAUCGACAGAACUUCGAAAACGACGUCGUUGAUGGAGCUGAGAGGGAAUAAUGAUCUAGGUUUUGUUUUUAUUUUAUUUUAUUUUUUCUUGGAUUUUUCGAGGGUUUAUUGGAGGAGACGGUGUAAAGAUCGUACGUUGAUGUUUAGCGACUGCUAUGUGUAUUUAUACGUAUAUAUACCUAGGACCACAUAUUAUAUAUUUUUACAUUUAAUUUAAUUUAUAUAUAAUUAUGAGCA